AUGUCGCUACUAGCACGGUACUUGCUUCAAAGGCGAGUGAAACGAUAUAGUGUUCUAUUUGUGCUAUUUGUGGGUCUGUUUAUAUUCAUUGCCAGACAUCUUACAAAUGAAGAAGAAUCCGACAAUGGUAUAUACAAAGAUGAUAAAUUCCCAUACGAAGAUGGAUUAUUGCACUCUAGUAGCAAUUCAGCGUACACAUUCAUAACAGAUGCAAUGAACAAAUUAACUAAAAAGAAGAAAAAUAGCUUUUUAUCACCCAAAGGUCUGUCCUAUUUCAAAGAUGAUGAGAGAAUAUUAAAGAAUUGGAAUACUAGCUCUAGAGUGGACAAAUGCAAAUGGCUCAUAAGAGGUAUCUAUGCCGAUCCAAAUUGGAAUAACAGGGACAUUUUGAUAGGUUCAGAUGAGACAAAUGAUAAAAAUAAAUUCCAUUUAUCUUCCGAACGUAUUCGAAUUCAUAACUACUGCUUCAUGAAGGAACGUAUUGACCCGGUGCAAAUGUUCAAUGAAUUGAACAUAUCAUCAACUGAUGCAUAUGAUUUCCAAGGUAGAAUGUUUAUGUUUUUAAGAAAUGUGACCUCUACUGAUGAAGCAUAUAUCUAUCCCAUAAUUAAAAAUGUGCGUAAUGGCCAAGUGACCACUAAACCACAUACUAAGUUGUCACCAAUGCAAUACAAUUCAAAUUUCAUGGCUUACUGGAAACAGGAAUCAAAAGGAAGAGGCAUAGCAUUAACAGCGGCCCCUAAAGAUGUAAAGCUCUUAAGGUCACUAUUUAAGGUAUUCGAGAAGUUAGGAAAUACUUAUCCAAUACAAAUAGUUCAGAAAGGAGGAGAGAUGUCACCGACAAUGGAAAGCCUGAUCAAAGAUUACGCGAUUGAAACUAAUCAAAAUGUGUUUAUUGUAGAUUUGUCUCCAGUUCUUGACCCUGAUUUUGCUACUGAUCACAUAAGGAAAUUCCAAAACAAAUGGUUUGCUUCUAUAUUCAAUACUUUCGAAGAGGUAAUGUUGAUUGACGCAGACGUGGUAAUAUAUACGGAGCCAGAGAGCUUCUUCAACCUUGACGGGUACAAAAAUACAGGAUUAUUACUUUGGAGAGAUAGGGAGAUUGUAGAUGCUAAGACACAUGAAAGGUGCACUGAUAUGGCACCAUACUUUGAGCCGGCGCUGGAGGAGCAUAGGUUACUAGGAACUGUACAAAAAUACCGGCUCACUGGUCCCUCUUUAGAGACACAUGAUGAACCUGAAGCGGAGACACUAUUCGAUUUUUUCCAUAGACGCAUCGUGACUAUUAUCGAUAGUGGUGUUGUCAUAUACAAUAAGAAGCAAAAAUUACAUGGUUUGAUUUUAGCAGAGUAUUUUCAUAAUAGUAAGCAAUUUGCCGGUUGUGUGUAUGGUGAUAAAGAAUAUUUUGAGUUUGGUGCUUUAGUCGCUGGGGAGGAUUAUCAUGUAGAGGCAGAAAAGGCUGUUGCCAUUGGAGCAGUUGGAUAUCACCCUCCAAGAGAGAAAUAUUACGUAUGUUCGGGUCAAAUGGGUCAUGUUGACAGAAAUAACAAUUUGUUGUGGUCUAAUGGUGGGCUAAAGAACUGUAAAUCCGAUUGUGCUGAAGCAGAUUUCGAGAAAAUGCCUAAGUAUUUCAAAGCUAAAUAUGGGACACUAAAGGCUGUUAAAGAGUACUAUAACGGUUUGAUGGACAUUCAGGGGUUUGUGUUACCAGAUGUACAGAAGCAGAAAUGGGUACAGUACCCUGAUUGUCAGCAAUUCUUGUAUUGCGCAUUUAUUACUGAUCCACCUGAACCUGACAAUAAGGGAAAAUUAGUUAGGUUCAGUGAUGAAGAAAAGAUGAGAUACAAUGAGAUUGGUAAAGCCUGGUAUUCCGGAGCAAAUGAUUAA